AUCCAUGAAUGUGUUUCGAAAACGCAAUAAUGUUGCGCGGAGCAUUGCUAGUGCUAUGUGUUGGUGUGGCGGCGGUGGCCAGUUCCCCGCAAGCCGCGUACAUCGAGGCCUUAUACAAGACUUCGCAGGGCGCCAGGAUAUCUGAUAACAUCUUAGAAGAUGCUUCUUUAGAUGUGCCGGAACUCGUCAGAAAGUACAGAUACCCUCUUGAGGUACAUUCCCUAACCACGGAAGAUGGGUACAUAUUGGAAAUGCACCGCAUUCCUCACGGACGCGACCGUAACAAUGUACCUGGCUCCAGGCCUAUCGUGUUCUUGAUGCACGGUCUUCUGUCAUCUUCUGCUGAUUGGGUUUUGACCGGUCCUGGGUGUGCCUUUGCGUACCUCUUGGCCGAAGAAGGUUUUGACGUAUGGAUGGGCAAUGCUCGUGGGAAUUACUAUUCUCGUCGACAUGUUCGUUUGAACCCUGACGCACUUCUGAGCACUGCUUUCUGGCAAUUCUCCUGGGAUGAAAUCGGUAACAUAGAUUUGCCCACGAUGAUUGACUACGCGCUCGCUCACAGCGGCAGAAACAGACUUCACUACGUGGGACAUUCUCAGGGCACUACCUCCUUCUUCGUCAUGACUUCGCUUCGUCCGCAGUAUAAUCAGAAAAUUAUUUCCAUGCACGCAUUUGCACCUGUCGCUUACAUGGCCAACAAUAACAGCCUGCUGUUGAGAAUGCUGUCCCGUUACGCCAACAACAUCGAGUUUGCACUUUCUCUGAUUGGUGUUGGAGAAUUUCUGCCAAACAACAACGUGAUGACAUGGGCUGGGCAGGCUAUGUGCAUGGAUGAAGUCAUGUUGCAGCCUAUGUGCUCCAAUAUCAUUUUCCUGUUGGGUGGAUGGAAUGAAUGCCAACACAAUGCUACAAUGCUGCCCCUGAAACUGGGCCACACGCCUGCUGGAGCGGCUGCUAGGCAGUUCGUCCAUUACGCCCAAGGAAUAAGCGGCAAGGAGUUCCGUCGCUACGACCACGGAACCAUCUUGGCCAACAGGCGUGCUUAUGGAAGCUGGAGCCCCCCACGCUAUGACUUAUCCCGCAUCACAACUCCCGUGUUCCUCCACUACUCAGACACCGACCCUCUAGCUCAUGUCAAUGACGUAAACAGGCUGUUCCGAGAACUUGGAAGACCCAUUGGGAAAUUCCGGAUUCCUAUGGCAACCUUCAGCCACAUGGACUUCAUAUGGGGAGUGAAUGCCGAGGAUCUGCUGUACAGUCGCACUGUAAACCUUAUCAAGGCGAUGGACGUUAAUGGACUUGAUGGAUUAGAUGAUACACUUUUGUAAAAUGAUUUCGAAGUCUGGAUGCGUAUUUAAGAAAAUGUAAAUACUUCAUUGUUUUUUUUAUAUUACUUUGUGCAUUAGAAUUAAGAUUCUAAUUACAACUUGUACCUA